GGUCAACAAAACACGCGCCAGAGCUAUGACGCAGCCACGGUGGAUGCUGGGACAGCAGACGUUGGAGGUCAGAGAAACUCCAAAAUGUCGGUUGCUGGUCUCACGUCCUUGAGCCGCUGUGGCGUUUUGGCAUUCCGCUCCCCCGCAGGACUGGUGUCGGUGCGGUAUGCCCAAACAGCAGCUGCUCCAGCAGCAGAACCCAGAAUAAAGAAGUUUCAGGUGUACAGAUGGGACCCAGAUACUCCAGGAGACAAACCCCGCAUGCAGACCUACGACAUCGAUCUCAACACUUGUGGCCCAAUGGUUCUUGAUGCCCUGAUCAAGAUCAAAAAUGAGAUGGACUCCACUCUGACCUUCCGCCGCUCCUGUAGAGAAGGUAUUUGUGGGUCCUGUGCAAUGAACAUUAAUGGAGGAAACACACUUGCCUGUCUGGACAAGAUUGACACCAAUAUUAGCAAGCCAACUAAGAUUUACCCUCUGCCACAUAUGUAUGUGGUCAAGGACCUGGUACCUGACAUGAGUAACUUCUACGCCCAGUACAAGUCUAUUGAACCCUACCUGAAGAAGAAGGACGAGUCAAAGGAAGGCAAGGAGCAGUACCUGCAGUCUGUGGAGAACAGACAGAAACUGGAUGGGCUGUAUGAAUGUAUCCUGUGCGCCUGCUGCAGUACAAGCUGCCCCAGCUACUGGUGGAACGGAGACAAAUACCUCGGGCCUGCCGUGCUGAUGCAGGCGUAUCGUUGGAUGAUUGACUCGCGAGACGAGUUCACAGAGGAGCGUCUGUCCAAGCUGCAGGAUCCUUUCUCCCUCUACCGCUGCCACACUAUCAUGAACUGCACCAAGGCCUGCCCCAAGGGCCUGAACCCAGGAAAGGCGAUAGCUGAGAUCAAGAAGAUGAUGGCCACAUACAAGGAGAAGAAGGCCGCUGCUGUCUGAAACCACAGUUAUCCUCUUGGACAACUUUUCCCUCCAUGAUUAAAUGAUAUAUUGAUUUAAAAAUGCUUAUUAUGGUCUGAAGGGCCAGUACACCUGUCAGCUCCACCACCACCACACUCCGCAGACUCUAUAGUUAACUGUAAUGGAAAUGGGUGGGGGUGUAUGUGUGGUUGGAGGACUUGGUGUUACACAAACGCACAUGUACAGUAUGAAUGCAGGAGAGAAGUGUGUGUGUCUGAGUCUUACAUGUACCAUAACAGAGUAAUUUAUCUCCAACUCUACUGUGUGUAUGUUUGUGCACUUGGGAGACGUGAUGCUGCAUAUUAAAGGAAAAACAAGACGUUUUCUUGCGUGUACAUUUUUUUUUUUUUUAGCUUGUUGCUUUUUUCAGGUUAGCAGCUGGUUCACAGACAUAGUGUAUAUGCUCUUCUUCCAACAUACCAACAACAGUCUUUGUUUUGACGCUAAAUAAAUAGUUGAAAUGCC